GACCUGUUAGAUUUCGAAUUGUCGUAUUGAUUUAGCGGACUCAAUCUAUAUGCGCUGCAGUACCCUGGAUUCCCACAACACGACGUACUGCAGUCCUAAAUCCAACAUUCGGCACUGUGAUGGAGGAUGCUCCAGCGACGGAAAAUCCGGACUCUGUCGGAGCAUCGUCGGUUUUCGGUGCACCGGCCCUGCUGCUCGUCAUCCUCGCUGGCAUUCUGGGCAACGUCUUGGUGUGCGUCGCCGUCAUCCAAUUCAGGAACCUCCGGACAGUGGCCAAUUCCUACGUGGUGUCGCUGGCCGUGGCGGACGUGCUGGUGUGUACAGCUGUCAUGCCCUUGGCGCUCUACCUGGAGUUGACGGGGGGCAUGUGGUUCCUCCCGGGCCCCCUGUGCAAGGUCUGGGGCGCAAUGGAUAUCAUGCUCUCGACCUCCUCCAUCCUCCACUUGUGCACAAUUUCCAUCGAUCGUUUCAACGCCAUCACGAAGCCAAUUGAAUAUGUGACCAGACGGACAGCCAAGAUGGCCUUCGGGCGCAUGGCGAUAGUGUGGGUGCUCUCGGCGUUGGUCUCAGUUCCAGCUUUUGCCCUCUUCCAGAAGGAAAAUGACGCCUGCAUCCUAGUAGACUCUACCAAUGCGUAUGCCUGGUGUUCCUCUUCAAUAUCUUUCUAUAUCCCAUGUGUGGUCAUCUUGAUCGUGUACUUCAAAAUUUACAGCGCAGCAAAGCGGCGGGCUCGACGGGUCAUUAACCCGACUCCCCUUAGCACGGUCUCUGCAAACCCCAGGCUACAGCAGUCCGCGUCCCAGUCUUCCUUCCAAGACGGGGGGCAGUCAGAUCGGUUGUCAAGCUCGGCGAUCGAGGGGGCACCGGACAGCGCGAUGCCCGGUCAGCCCGUUUCCCGCGGAAUCCCCCUCCAGGGCGUCGUGCCGGUUGCGGCCAUGUUGUCGAUUCGAGCCAAAGCUCAUUGUCGGAUUUCACUGGCCCAAGAGCGUAAGGCGGCCCGGACCAUCGCUAUCGUGGUGGGCGCCUUCAUCGUCUGCUGGCUUCCGUUCUUCAUCCUGCACAGCAUCUUCAACCCCGUGUGCACCUCUUGGCCAGAGGGACUGUCUUGCGAGGCUGUCCCUACAUUGUACCGGAUCUUCACUUGGGUGGGGUGGUGCAACUCCUCCUUGAACCCCAUCAUUUACACGAUCUUCAAUCGGGAGUUUCGUCAAGCUUUUAAGAAACUUCUGAGCUGCAGAAAGAGUCACUAA